AUGGAUCCUGACCUCGCCGACGCAGACUUUGCCAUCUACCAGCGGUCCAGUGGAGCAACACCAGCGCAAGGCACAAGAAGAGAUCCGCUCCAUGCGACCACUGACGCGUUGAAAGACUCGGACGCAACGCUUCUCCGCCCUCUCCAUGAACAAGUCCUUAUUCAACUACGUCAGGUCAAGGAUCCGGACAUAGGACGCGACAUUGUGACUCUUGGAUUUGUGAAAGACUUGGAAAUAGGCGACGAGGAUACGGGAGGCAGACGCGUCAAAUUCUGCCUGAGUCUCACCACCCCUGCCUGUCCCUUCAAAGGGCAGAUUCAGGAAGAAGCGCAAGCAUCCGUGAAAUGCUUACCUUGGGUCAAGGAGGUUGAGGUUGGCUUGUCUUCGGUGGCUCACAGCCGCGGCGCCUCUUCCGGUCGACCCUCGAACCUGCGACGUGUUGGCUUCAUUGUGGGUGUUGCCUCUUGCAAGGGAGGCUCGGGCAAGAGUACUGUGGCUCUUUCUUUGGCGUUGAUGCUGAGGAAAAGUGGGGCCAAAGUGGGGCUGCUGGAUGCGGAUAUUUACGGGCCAAGCCUGCCUACCCUGCUUAACAAGGAGGGGACAAGAGUAAUGUUUGGUGAGGAGGAAGAGAGUGAAGUGGAAGAACAAGCCAAAAGAUCGACACCUAUGAGGUCACGUGUUUCUCAAAGUAGGAGGGGGGCUUCAGCAGUGAGACGCGGGCGCAUUGAGUACGAAGAAGGGCCUCCGGUGCCCCCUGCAGUGACACCAAGUACACCGGAAGAUGCCUCAAAAGCGAAGGCUACAGACAAAGAGGAAACAAGCAUGAUCCCCAUUAAGGUCUCCGGGAUCAAAUGCAUGUCAUAUGGGUUCAUAGCUAAAAGGAAUGACCAGGGGUACUCGGCUUUGAGGGGCCCAUUUGUCAGCUCCGUCGUUGAGCAGUUGCUGACUGGCACGCAGUGGGGAGCCCUCGAUUACCUGGUGGUAGAUUUGCCACCUGGGACUGGGGACAUUCAUAUAACUCUCACACAGCAGCAGGUGUCUCUGGAUGGCUGUGUGGUUGUCACGACACCACAAGCUCUUAGUCUGGUGGACGCGGAGAAGGGCAUUAGAAUGUUGAAGAGCCUGCGCAUCCCAACUCUAUCAGUUGUUUGCAACAUGGCCUACUUCGUCUGUAGCAACUGUGAGGAACGCCACGAGCUCUUCGGCCGCCCCGAAGCAACACAGCAACUGGCCGAGCUCAGUACCGCGCAUCAACUGAUUCUGCUUCCCUUCGACGUGUGGAGUGCUCUCCGAUCUCUGGCGGAUAGAGUGGCUUGCGAGCUUUCUACCCUUCGCUUUGGCUCCCUGAAGCCCCAACUCUCUCUCGCUACGGACGGGUCUGCUGUCAUGGUGGCCCUCGUGCGUCCUGACGGAGCUCGGCUAGGGGAAGGCGUUCCCAUGAUGGUGAAAGAAGCUUUUGAAGUGUCAGGGGAGGUUUUGCGUUCUCGGUGCAGUUGCGUGGAGUGCAAAGGACAGCAGGGAGGAGUCCCGUCCUCAAAGAAUGCUGAAUACCAGCUGCGUAUUGUCAACUUCCUAGAAGCAGGUGACGGUACACUAACUGUUAACUGGGAAGACGGACACGUAUCUCGGUUUGCUGUCAGCGAUUUAUUGGACCUCUGUAGAGAGUUCCGUUUGACUGCUUCAGACGGAGGAGAAAGCCGCAAGUGCCUCGCUGACCCCCAACUUGAAUGGUAA